UCUCCUGAGAAAAUACUACAGAUACCCCUCAUUAUUCAAGCCGAUACUAUUAAAGGUAAGGUAGGCUCUAAUUGGAUUGUUAGUGCCUCGGCUAUGUACAAACCGCACCCGUGUAAAAGAGGAAGGAAGGUCGCCAAAAGCCUGUGAUUAUGAUUUGACUGGACAUGGCAUCCAGCUGCCGCAUGGCUAUUUAUACUCGCCCACGUAUUUCGCUUCACACUACCUCGGAAUAUGGCCCUCGUCUGCAAUCUCCAAGUCCAAGGUGAGCUUUCAUGGAAAUGUGCCGUCGAACUAGAUACUGGUUCAACCUGUAUUUACAGAGGUGUAACAGAUGGUAUAAAUCUCUUGUUUGUCACUGUUCUCUCUCUAAUUUGGUUGUUUUCAAUUUUUCAAAGGCGAUCAAUCCAUGGGGAUGUACCCAAAUCUCCCUUCUUCGUAGUGGUUUCAGCACUAUGCUCUAUUAUAGCCAUUGCUUAUUUUGUCUUCGCGUUAUGGCCUUUGGUAUGGAAAAACAAUGCACCCAUGAAUUUGAAUUGGGUUGUUUUAUUAUUGAGAGGAUUGGUUUGGGUGGUUUUAGCACUCUCUCUCUGCAUUCAGAGGCUUAAAUGGGCGAGAAUUCUGAGUUUGGUUUGGUGGGUCUGUUUCUCUCUUCUUGUUUCGGCUCUAAACCUGAUGCUCUUGGCGAAAAGACAGAGAAUUCCAGUCUUGGAAUUGGUUUCGUGGCCUAUAAACUUUUUGAUUCUCAUUUGUGCUUCGAAGCUCAUCAGGCACUUUCUCUCUCAUAAAACAGUAGACCAGAGCUUAUCACAAUCUCUACUGAGCAAAAAUGACCAAAAAGAAACAAACCCAAGUGGUGGAAUUGGCUUUUUAAGCUGGCUAACAUUUUCUUGGGUCGAUCCUCUGCUACGUUUAGGCUACUCGAAACCUUUAGCUCUUGAAGAUGUUCCCCCUCUAGAAUCAGAAGAUGAAGCUAUUCUAGCAUAUGAGGCCUUUGCUAAGUCAUGGGAGUCUCAUAAGAAAGGGAAAAACACCGAGAAUUCAGUCUUCAGAGUGUUAGCUACCUGUUAUACUAGAGAGAUGUUGGUAAUUGGAUUCUAUGCCUUUCUUCGAGCCACCACUACUUCAGCUUCGCCCCUCUUACUCUAUGCCUUUGUGGAAUUCAUGAGUGAAGAGAAGCAUCAUCCUUAUGACAAGUACUACUUAGUAGGAGGCCUAGUUUUGGUGAAAUUGGUUGAGUCUCUUUCGCAAAGACAUUGGUUUUUCAAUUCGAGAAGGGUGGGUAUGAGGAUGAGAUCAGCUUUAAUGGCUGCUGUUCUCCGAAAACAGCUUAAGCUCUCUAGCUUGGGUAGGAGGAGACAUUCAACAGGGGAAGUAGUGAAUUAUAUUUCAGUGGAUGCUUAUAGACUUGGUGAAUUUCCAUGGUGGUUCCACAUGGCUUGGAGUUCACUUCUCCAACUGUUCUUUGCAUUGUUGAUUCUCUUUCAAACUGUGGGUUGGGGGGCACUUCCUGGCUUGGUUCCAAUCUUCAUUCUUUCUCUACUAAACAUACCCAUUGCUAAGAUACUCAAAAACUGCCAAUCCCACUUCAUGCAAGCCCAAGAUGAAAGGUUGAGAGCCACUUCUGAGGUCUUAAACAACAUGAAAAUAAUCAAAUUGCAAGCUUGGGAGGAUAAGUUCAGGGGCCUAAUUGAGUCUCUAAGGGGUGAAGAAUUCAAGUGGUUGGCUUCAGCUCAAAUCAAGAAAACUUUUGGCGUUAUUUUGUAUUGGAUGGUGCCUAUGCUUGUUUCAGCUGUGGUAUUUACAGGCUGUGUUUUACUGGGGUCAGCGCCAUUGAAUGUUAGCACUAUUUUCACUGUUUUAGCAACUGUUAGGAUUAUGUCGGAGCCCUUGAGAAUGCUUCCCGAGUCUUUUUCUCUCUUAAUUCAAGUUAAGGUCUCAUUGGAUCGACUCAACCGCUUCUUACUAGAUGAUGAACUUAGAGUAGUGGGUGUUAGGGGGCACCCAGUUCAGAGUUCUAACUACCAUUUGAAGAUACAAGGGGGAAUUUUUAGUUGGGAUCCAGAGGCUGCUAAUCCUACAUUAAAAGGCAUUAAUUUUGAGGUCAUGAGAGGGCAGAAGAUUGCUGUUUGUGGAUCUGUUGGUGCCGGGAAGUCUGCACUUCUAUAUGCAAUACUUGGAGAAAUACCCAAGAUAGCUGGAGUGGUUGAGGUCUAUGGAUCUAUUGCUUAUGUUGCUCAAACAGCUUGGAUACAAAGUGGGACUAUCCGCGAUAAUAUACUCUAUGGGAAGCCAAUGAAUAAGACCAGUUAUGAGAAUGCCAUAAGAGCCUGUGCUUUGGAUAAGGAUCUUGAAAAUUUUGAUCAUGGCGACCUCACAGAGAUUGGAGAGAGAGGACUCAACUUGAGUGGGGGUCAGAAACAAAGGAUUCAGCUUGCCAGAGCAGUGUAUAACGAUUCUGAUAUCUACCUUCUUGAUGAUCCUUUCAGUGCAGUCGAUGCCCACACUGCGGCGAUCCUUUUCAACGAUUGCGUCAAAAAGGCCUUGGAAAAGAAAACUGUGAUUCUCGUGACUCACCAAGUCGAGUUCCUGGCAGAAGUUGAUGAAAUUAUGGUUUUGGAAGGUGGAAGAAUCACACAGUCUGGAAGCUACAAUGAUCUCCUGAGGAAAGGGAUGGCUUUCGAACUGCUUGUAAAUGCUCAUCAAGAAGCCAUGACAGCCUUAGAAAAUCCAAAUAAACAAGAUUUGCUUGAAACACAUAAGCAAGGAUUGGACCCACCCAAUUUCUUCCCAACUUCACGAGGAAACAGUGAAGUGGAAAUUAAAACUAGUGCAUGCUCAACUAUCCAACUGACCAAUGAAGAAGAGAAGGAGAUUGGAGAUGUGGGGUGGAAGCCUUAUAUAUAUUAUAUAAGAGUUGCCAAGGGUUCUAUUCUUAUUUUUCUUGUUAUACUUCUUCAAAGUGGUUUUCUUCUAUUACAGUCCAUAGCCACUUACUGGCUGGCAGUAGCUGGUAUUCUUCCCCAGAUUACAAAUGUAAUUUUAAUUGGAGUAUACACUGGGCUGUCCAGUUUGAGCAUUGUCUUUGUUUACUUCAGAUCUUGGUUCACAACACAUCUAGGAUUACGGGCCUCAAGGGCCUUUUUCUCUGGUUUCAUGGACUCGGUGUUUAAAGCUCCCAUGCUAUUCUUUGACUCCACACCUAUUGGGAGGAUAUUAACACGGGCAUCCUCGGACAUGAGCUUACUAGACUUUGACAUACCAUAUGCCAUUGGUUUCUCUGUGUGCACUUUGCUUGAGCUGAUAUCGGUACUUAUCAUAAUGUGUAUUGUGACAUGGCAAGUUCUGGUCGUGGCUAUUCCCGUCAUGUUACUUACAUACUAUCUUCAAAGGUACUACCUAUCAUCUGCAAGAGAACUAGUAAGGCUUAAUGGUACAACAAAGGCACCUGUUAUGAACUGUGCAGCAGAGACGUCUUUGGGUGUGGUUACAAUAAGAGCAUUUUCAGUCAUGGAAAGGUUCAUCCAGCGAAAUCUGAUUCUUAUAGAUACAGAUGCAAGGGUCUUCUUUUAUACAAAUGCUGUCAUGGAGUGGUUGCUUUUAAGAGUGGAACUACUACAGACUGUCACCUUAUUCACUGCCACAAUUCUCCUUGUUUCACUCCCGAAGGGUUCCAUAACUCCUGGUAUGCUCUCUACUCUGUGA